CAAAAAUUCGAAAAGUGGGGUAGGGCAGAGGAAACUAGUAUCUGAGGGGCUAGACGCUUGUAUUUGUGAUGUUAUAACUUCGGCGCCGGUUUCUUAUUCUUAACAUAUUUAUUCUUUUGACUCUGUUGAGUUGGUUGAUGUUACGGAUGAGUUUGUUGGCUAGGUGUUUGUUUUGGUGAUACACAUUGUGUACUUUGUGAGUUACGGAGAGGUGAAGUUAAAUGAUGUGGAUUACUGAAAAUGUGUCCGUGUGAAUUACGAAAAAACUCUGAAUUGCACGAUUCACGAAAAGAGCCAUUGACGACAAAAUGACUGAUUCAAGAGAUGAAGAUGGUAGUUUGGUUGUCGUAGUUAUUGAUCUCAAUCCUUCUCCUCAAAUGAUAAAAGAUGGGGAGUGCAUCAUACCUCGUUUUUUAGAUGCAAUUAUAUCUUUCUGUAAUUCUCAUCUUAUGUUGAGUCCAUUGAACAAGCUAGCCAUUAUAGGUUGCCAUACACGUCAAAGUUGUUUUUUGUAUCCACUUCCGCCUUCAUCAAAUACUGAAGAUAUCAGACCUGUAGAUGGCCAGUAUGAAUUAUUUGCAUGUGUGAAAAAUGCUGUUCAUACUAAUGUUAAGAACCUGAUUUUACAAAGGUUUGAACUAGUUGAUCGAUCUGGUUGCUCUAGGUUUCAAAUCUUUUGA